CACUGCUCAGAUUUCAAGCGCAUCGAGUUUAGUUUGGUUUUUCGGGUGGUGUGCAGAGUAGGUAUAGUAUAGUGGUAGUACGCGAGCGUUUGAAGUGUACGUCGUUGCGUUUCUUCAUAUUCAAGCGAGCCCCGGCAAAAUAAAAUUCGACGCUCGCUGCGCGCUGUCCAAUGAUACCUACUUGUUUUUUGUUGUGUUGUGUCCGAGCCGUCACGCGCACGCAAACCCUCCCUCGUGCCCCCAACCGACCCCUUUGCACUUCAAGGCCGCGUGCGAUUCCGAAUUCCACCUCUGCCCGCCUUUGAUCGCCUUUAAACGGUAAAAUAUUUAGAGAUCGACGAGACUACUGCACCCAGAUACUACGUAUAGGGAAUCCAGGGCGGAAGGACUUGUCAGAACGAGAAGGCUGACGACUACGACGACGAACCGGAAUCUACGAAAACAUGGGCGAGAAAACAGUGCCAAACUCCAUCAAGUUCCUUAUUGGCGGCACAUCUGGCAUGGCAGCUACUUGCUUUGUGCAGCCACUAGAUUUGGUCAAGAAUCGCAUGCAGCUGAGUGGAGGAAAAACUUCAACUGCAUCAGUGAUCUCGUCUAUCUUGAAAAAUGAGGGUAUCUUUGCGAUGUACAAUGGACUUUCUGCAGGUCUUUUGCGCCAAGCAACUUACACAACAACUAGACUUGGAAUUUAUACAUGGGCGUUUGAGGUUAAUCUAUACAGAAAAGAUGGCCCACCAAGUUUCUUGACCAAGGCUGCUCUUGGAAUGUUUGCAGGAUGCAUUGGAGCUUUUGUGGGAACUCCAGCAGAAGUUGCUCUCAUAAGAAUGACAUCCGAUGGCAGACUACCACUAGCUGAAAGACGGAACUACAAGCAUGUCAUUGACGCACUUUGUCGCAUAACAAAAGAAGAAGGCGUUUUCACCCUGUGGAGAGGAGCUAUUCCUACAAUGGGACGUGCAAUGGUUGUUAAUGCAGCUCAGCUAGCAUCAUAUUCACAAGCAAAACAAGCCCUCUUGGAUACAGGAUACUUUGAGGAGAACAUAACUCUGCAUUUUGUAAGCUCUAUGAUUUCUGGUCUAGUCACAACAGCUGCUUCUAUGCCAGUUGAUAUUGCAAAAACAAGAAUACAAAAUAUGAAGACAGUUGAUGGAAAGCCAGAAUAUAAAGGUGCCGUUGAUGUGUUGAUCAAAGUUGUUCGCAAUGAAGGAUUGUUUGCACUGUGGAAAGGAUUUAUACCGUACUGGGGACGGCUAGGUCCCCAUACUGUCUUGACAUUUAUUUUCUUAGAACAAAUGACGUCUGCGUAUAAAACUUAUGCAGCAUGAUCUCUGAAGAUCUAAAUUAUUUUCAACUAUUCCAUUUUGUUGUUAGAAAGUUCAAAUCAAUAACUACAGGGAUUAUGAAUGGAUUUUCUAUUUUCUGUAAUUUUACGCUUCUAAGUGACGAAAUAUUUAAAUAUUUUUUUUAUGUUCUAUAAUUCUACAACUCUACGCUUUUAAGUAACAAAACAUUCUUGGUGCAUUCUUUUGUAAUAAUAGAAUCGUCUGGCACGAUCUCAAUACCCAGCUAAUGUUACGCUAUUGAUUUGAGACUAAGUUUGAUUGUUAUAAGUUAUAAGUAUUGAGUAACUGACAAAUUGUUAUUAACUUAGGAUUCUAUAUGUACAAAGUUGAAUAAGCACACAGUUAAUGUUUGAAACUAUUUUUUAAAUAAAACAUUGUUGCCAAAUCAGUUUGACUAAACGUGAGUUUUCACGUACAGAGUGGCAACAAAUGUGUAAAUACUCGCAAAGCGAAGAUUGGGGAGAAAUAAACCACAUUAUUUAAUCAAUCGGACAAAAACCUUCCAAUUUUUAGUUUGUUGUACAAAUACUUACAUCCUAAUUAAAAAGUUAAUUACUCGUU